GAACAUUAAUUACUACUAUGAAGUCCCUAAAACAUAUGCUAAAUUUACUUCAGAAAAAUAAGUUUUUAUGUGGUGAUUUAGUGGAUGGCAAUAAAAUUUUAAAUGUUGGGCUCGAAGAAAAUGGUCAAAAAUUUAUGUAUCAAUUGCUGGAAAAAUGGCGCCAUAUUAAUUGUGACUGGGGAAAAGUUGAUUUUCUAAAUAGUAAUGUACGCAAUUCUGCCGAUAAUGAAAUGAGGGAAUCCAGAGUAUCCUUUUUGAAUUGCAAAGAUUUUCAAAAACAUUAUCUAGAUUGUGCGAGAAAGGCGCAAAGGCUUAGUUAUCCGAUUUUAAUGAAGUCAAUAGCUGUAAAAGAAGAACGUAAUGCAAGCCUAGUCACUUUAAAAGCUAUAUCUAGCAGAAAAUUGAUAUCUGACUAUUUUUUACAAACAUCACUUGGUUUAGAAAAAUUUUACAAAUUGCAACGCGAGCGUAAGAUAUGGUGGAUGCGACUUUCAGCAAAUCCUAGUCGCUUUUUCGUAGAACCUUUUAAGGAUCCAAAUGUAACCACCCAUGAUAAAUUUCAGCAUAUUAAUCAAUCUAUAACCGUGAAAAGUCGCUUUGCUUUCGGCUCUGAAGAUAUGGAAGCUAUCACUUUAGCUUAUCCCCAAUACGAGAAUUCUACAAAUCCUCCAAUAUGCCUAAUACGUUCAUCGAUCAAUCUUGAAAUUGCUACUACAGCAUUGUUGCUGGAUGCCGUAGAAAAUAAUCAACGACUUUUAAUAAGUUUAAAUCGUAAAUUAGCACCUUUUCAAUGCGCUCUAGCCUGUUUGCACGAAGGAGACAAGUUGAACAAAGAUUUGAUCGAUCUGUGCUUACAUAUUUGCCAUAUAAUACGAAAAUUAGGUCUACGUGUUUAUGAUCGGCAUAUCCAUCAAAGUAAUUAUAGCACGCUUAUUGAAGAACUUAAACGUACUGAUUUACUUGGCAUACCUUAUGCAAUACUAAUAGAGAAAGAUUCGUUAAAAACAGGACUUUUGAAACUUCGAAACCGCGAUAGUUCUUUGGCAGAGACGAUUCACAUAAGUGAUAUUAAAACAUAUUUAUUUGGAAUUUUCACAUAAAGUCGCAUAAAU